AGUAUUCCAUUUAGGUCAGAGAAAUCCAGCCGUGUUCCGGCAGUCUUGAACGCCAUCAGCAGUGAUCUGCAACCAGUAAGUACCAGUAUGAAUAUAGGAAAGUCUUCGUUUUCGAGAGGAAACUUUCUAAUCCAAAGGGUGCGCAGUUUUAAUCAAGGAAAGAGCUUUAAAGUCAUUUGUGCUCGUGCUGCACCAAGAAUCGUAAAUUUAUAUACAGUUUCAGUGGCUUCUUUUCAAGUGGGAUUCCAACCCGUGAACAUUGCUUCAUUAGUAAGCAAACUAAUAUGAAAUAUAACUGGUAUUCAAACGCCAGGACGUCUCAGCCUCGUCCCCAGGGCGAGCGCGCGUGAAAGAAGCUGUGUAGUUUGAAGUUGAUUUUCAAUUGUCACAAUACAACGUUAUCUUUGAUAAUCUGUUUUAAAAGCUUUUUAUUUAGGUUUGUGCAAUUCCAGUGCUUAUCUCCAACACGCAGACGGUCCUUACGUAACGUUAACCGGCUCAGUGACGUAGUGGCAUUAACACGUGACCCUUCCUACAAGAUCCAAGGUAUGUAUCCUAACGCUAACUUAAAAACUUUCACCCAGAAUAUUCUAAAACGACCGAAGAAGCCUUUGAUCUUUAUUUUAAGCCAUGACCUUGAUUCCAAUGAUCAUCCUACUGAGGCGUACAAAGAUGACUUUCGUGUUACGUUUUGAUGAAUUGCAAAUUCAAGAAGUCAAGUGCGAAAGGGCGGUAAGGGUACUAUCUAGACCGAAACAUACAAGCAAGAGCGACGUCCAGGGAUUAAAAGGGAUUAAUAUCAGCAUUCACUUGUAAAAAUCAAGGGGAAAUUUUCAUGUUGCUUGAAUUCUAAACCAUGUUUUUUAAAAAACCUUAUAUUCAGGUCAGAAAAUUCCCUGAUGACAGCAAACAGAUGGUGUAACCCGGAAGUCUUGCCUCGCAGACCAAAGGUAAGUCAUGAAAAUUACGAACACAUUAAAAAACUGACCAGGAAAGAAAUCGGUAACAACAACAACAAAACAUAGCCCUCGUUCAAGUUGUGGACCUAGAGGGCCCUUUCUUAAAGUUGCACAUAAGGAGGCCCUUUUUGGGAUAUAAAUCUGUAGCCUUUUUUAAAAAAGUUCAUGAUGGCAAGCAUAAUUCAUCCAAAUGCAGUUUCCUUAUAGUUGAAGGUUCCUUUUCGAUCUACAAAUGUAUUGCAUAUUAGAACGCAUCUUCUCAUUCAGUGGACUCCUAAUCCAUGAAGGUUGUUGGAUUUACGAGGUGUUAGUGGGAUUCAAACCCACGCGUAGUAAGAGAAGCGCAAAAUGUAACAGAUUUGAAGUUGUCGAAAGCUAAAUUUCUUGUUCUUGAGAUGUAUUUUACUUAGAUCCUAAAAGACUCCAGAUGUCACAUCCUGUCUGGCCUGCAGUCAUGAAGUCCUACACAGCAGUGACUUAUGAACGAUAUCAGGGAAGCUGCAUACCUUGACAGAGGCAAGUACCAGGAUAGAAAAAUAUCUAUUACUUAACUUUCAACGAACAGUUUGUAAAAAUUUGGUUAACAAGAAAUUACGCUCGGAUGUAAACUGUGAGCGCAGAAAUUCUAAACGUUUUUAUUCGAAUCAAAUGGACUAAGUAUUUGCUAAAAAUGCAAAAAUCGGGGAGACACUUAUUGCAAAUGGAAAAGAUUGGCAAUGAUCGUCAUCGGAGCCCUGAGUAUUGGCUGGGGUUUUGCAAACCAUUUUCGGUUGAAAGUGCAUGUAAAAGAUGUAAAUGAAUUUGAAAAAUAAAGAAUUUCCAUAUAUUUGUUCGUCAUUUUUCCUUACCUAUGUAGAUCGUUGACGUUUAACCCUUUAAGCCCUAAGAGUGAUCAGCAUCAAAUUUCUCCUUGUAAUAUCAAUACUUUGCGAAACAGAGUGGUCAUGGGAAUUUCGGACGAUCAGACGGGAUGAAUUUGCUUGAUAUUUAAUCAACUUCUCCCCACUACCUCUGUUGGAAAUGAACGUACAGGGGCAACAAAUGAGAAUUCAAAUUUUUAUCUUAGGGUUCAUUAACCCUUUAAGCCCUAACAGUGUUCAGCAUCAAAUUUCUCCUUGUAAUAUCAAUGCUUUGUAAAACAGAGCUGUGGUCAUGAGAAUUACGGACAUGAUCAGACGAGAUGAAUUUGCUUGAUAUUUAAUCAACUUCUCCCCACUACCUCUGUAGGAAAUGAAUAGGGAAAGCAAAUGAGAAUUCAAAUUUUGAUCUUAUGGUUUAAAGGGUUAAUUGAGCCAUUUCACUAAUAGUACCUCACUUUUUUUUUCAAUUUCAGAUCUCAGACCAGCUCUACAGGCAGACCUGCAAACUAACCCAUCAAACUAGUCCAUCAAAUCUGACCCCAGAUCACACCACCACAUCUGAAUAUCACAACAGACCAUCGUCAGACCCACCAAAUCAGACCAUCAGAACAGACCACCACUGUCAAACCAGACAACCAGAUCAGAUCAGAUCACCCCACCAGACCACAGACCACAAUCCUUGACUCUUCAGCUUCCAAGCAGCACAGCAUAACCAACAUUCUGAAAUGGUACAGGUCAGGUGCAUUCAUUAUGGGUUGGGUCAAGGGGGGUAUAUAGAGCUCUGGAUGAACCUUGCAAAGCAUACUUUCCACACACGUUGGGCCUCAAGUUUCCGGAAUUUUUUUCGGCUUAACUUAGCUGUAGUUAGAUUAGCCAGCGGGUUCCCUGGGCUGGUAAGGGCCUCCCCUUCCCUUUUUCAUAAGCUGGGUUCCUUUGCAGGUGUUUGGUCAGCAGUAAGUUCGGCUUUUAGGAAUAGGUUAGGUUUUUCGGAUUCGGCUUCGAUUCAAGGAAACGGUUCGGCUGCAUCUUCUUGCACAUUUUCCAGAUGGACUUCGCCACCUCCGCCUUUGUCGUCGUCGUCGUCUUCACUACGGUCUCCCGCUUAGUUGCGCAAAAUUUGACUGACCUAUCACACUUCACUUGACAGUCUAUGCGCUGGGCAAGUGAAGCUUUAAUCCGCAAGGUUCAACCAGACAGUGAUUAUAAUAAGACAUAACUUAGUAAACUAGAGACCUCAGGUCAUUCAGCUACAGUGAGAGGACCUCAUUUGGUCACUGCUUACAAGCUUAGUGGUCUCUCUGGUUACAGGUAGAUAGUUAGAAUAGCCUCGCAAAUUCGGGUCUGCUCCUACAAAUCUGGUUUUUGUUGUUUAAACAGUACGUGUGUGAAGUGAAAUUUUUCAUUGAUGCGCAUUUGCAGACUUGGAACUUGUGAUGGUAGAUCAGUUAACAGGUUUAGUCGCACAACAAAGGUUAUCUGCGACCAGGCGUUUCUUCCCGCCAAGACUGGGUCAACACCUUGUUGCAGGUUGCCAGGGCAUUAUGGGACAGUCCACACACCACAGGCUAGAUCGUUUACAAAUCGUAAGCGUAGGAAGUCUUCGAGACCAAUCUACGACGCAGUUUCAUCGUUGGAGGAACACUAACAAGCCAAUAAGCUAUUUUAAAAAGCCUGCGAAGUAAUCACGAGAAUGCUAUAGUGCCGAAUAUUUCGGGGACACACAUGUGGAGGCCCACCAUACCUUGAUAUGCGUGUCCCUGAAUUGCAUUCAGGUGAAAACCUCGCUGGUUAUAGAUAGUCCUUCAGUAAUUAAGUAGCAGGGGAGGAUACUCUAGUUAUGGCAUCGUUGACACUAAGACGAUCUGAUUUGUCUUCCUGUUAAUUUUGCCUGGCUGGAGGGUUUUCUUCUUAGGAAGUCCUGCAUUGCACUAUGCAGGCACAGAUCGUCUACAAAUGGUAGGCGUACGUAGUCUUCACGUCGACCGUUCGUGGUUAUUGGUUUCUUCGUACUCCAGAGGUCUUCAACAUUUUUCUUCCUCCAAAAUCUCUUGAAGUACGUCAUGACUGGGACCAAAUCCUAUGCAGCACAUUGUUUCUUCAACGUUUUUCUGAAUCUUGUAACAAAAUAUUUGAAAUGUGAAUAAAAUCUAUUUCAUUAUAUUGUUUGAUAUUGUGUUGUGCGUCCGGCGCUAAAUCAAGGGAAGAGACCGGCCGAAAAAAGAAGAACAAAGAACUUUGAGAGCCAUAGAAAGAUAGUCCACUAGCCCAGUUAAUUAAGUAGGUCAGAUACCUUCCUUUGCAGCCAUGAACGGAGAACAAGAAUCACGUCCGAUCAAACCGGACAAUAAUGAUGAUGAUGAUGAUGGUGAUGAUGAUGAUCGUUUAUACUAAGACGUGAUUCUGUUUCUAUGGAAAUAGAAGCCGAUGACAUCGUAGUGUAAACGACUUCAUCAUUAGGAAGGCAAGGUUUAGCCAGAGGAGAAAGCAUAGAGUGAUAACUUUUAAGUGCUGUCUUGACUAACCUUGAAUUUCCAUAACUAAGACCCUACACUUCCCCUCUCCUUCCCUGUGGGAACGAAUUUGAAAAAUUUGAAACGAAUCAAACAAGCGUUUCUUGAAAUUAGGAAAUGGGAAAGGCAAUUUCAAAAACUGCUUCGCACAGAAGUGAAAUUUCAUCGUAUCUCGGUUCCAAUGUUCCGCAAUUGUUGGUCUUGUCGCAUAGUACAAUGUUAGUUGAGACAGCAAAUAUAUUUUAUUAAUAAUGUUAAUUUUAAUUGGCUGGCCGGACUUCAUCUUUGGAGCAACUCUAAGUCAUCUACAACAACAACAACGUCAACAACAACAACAACUUCAUGAAUUAUACCUAUCAACGCCUUGGUCUAUUGGAUUGUUGGUCCCAGUAUCCUUGGUCCUUUGUUGGAGGAACAUGACGACAGAGUACAGCAGCCCAUAUAAGGUAGGGCUGAUUGAUGUUGGUACAAAGUUUGCACAAAGCAAACUCGCCUGGUCUGGAAUAGUGUACGGCAAAUUGAAUUUCAGCGGCACCGUUGCUCUUGUAGAGAGGUCCGUAGGUCGUUGCUAAUGCAAACAUUGCACCACACCAAUCAGCCCAAGUAAUAAUUCAGUGUGGCACAAGGUACGUGGAAUUUGGUUCUUUGUUAGACGAUUAGAUUUUCGGCUCGGUCCAUUCGGCUUUUUCGGUUUUCGAUUCGACUUUCGAUCUGAUUCCGGAUUCGGCGUAAAAAAAUGUGAAGGCUUGGUAUCGACAAUGUUUCGAUAGCAAGCCGCCAAAUAUCCCUGCGUACCGUCCGGGGGACCCUGGUGUGUUUCAUUCGAGGUGUCAGUUUUUUAGGACACAUGUCACACUCCUCGGUCUAGCGAUCCCGGACGCGAAAUUCUUUUAGGAGCGCAUCCCAUCUAUAUAUCACUUGAUUUCUGUAAACGGCUAACUCAAUUCAAUAAAAACACUUAACCUAAAGCGUUGUCUGUGUGAUUUUUUUCUUUAAUUAAGGUUUAGUUUAUAGAGUAAUAACUUAUAAGUACUAAUGACGAUUUGAUUUGCAGGUAUCUCAAAAAAUGCUUGUUGUAAUGGCCUUAAUAAAAAUAAAACAAACAAACAAAACGCUGAGUUGUUAGUGUGAUGUCUUUAAACACCACCACGCGCAUUGACAUUAAGUGUCAUAUCAGUGUGUUCUACUGUAAACACACAAAUAACCAGUUUUUCAUUUUAGGUACUAGUACGUCGAAAAUCAUAUAUUUUUCCGUUUUUUGACUCUACCUCUACUUUUUUCUUGACGGUUAAUGGAUCCGUUUUUGGGGCGCGCCCUCGCAAGAUUGGACAUGACUUUUUUUCGUACCUUUGUACUACUUUCUGGAUGCGUUCUUGAAGAAACGCAUGGCACCUUUGCACUACUUUCUGGAUGCGUUCUUGAAGAAACGCAUGACACUUACAACUUGGCAGUCGGAAGUGAAGCCGUGUUGAAUGCAGAGCAUAAACUGUUAUAUUAGGGUUACUGUAAUUGAAAGCUGAUGAAAAAUAAAGUGUAACAAACAAAAGAAAAACUCAUCAGCUUGUUUUUAUUCUUUACACCAGCACUAUUUAAUCUAAUAAAUAAGUUUUAUUGUGUUGUAACUAGGAGUUUCAUUCCGCAUAAUAAACAAUAAAGGUUGAUUAAGACAAAACCUCUUCAACAGUGUAUUUUUUGCUUAAAGCUAUAAUAAUUUAAGUAAAUUGACAAGUUUUAUUUCAGGAACAUCGGACGCCAUCUUUUUUUCGCUCGAACGCAAGAUCACCGCCACGAAGACGUCUUUUUGGGCGCGCCCUCUCAAGACCGAGCACGUCAAACUGAUCGUUUGACGUAUGCUCUCCAGAAGCUCGUCUUUGGAAGUAUAGUACUUCUGGCUGCGUUCCUGAAGAAACGCAUGGCGACACAGUGGUUACGACUAAAACGACUCCAAGUUCUUAAGGUAAGACAGAAAUUUGUUUCUUCUUUUAGUUGCUUUAACGGUUAGAUGAUCUUUUUGUGUUUCAGAUCUAGUGCGUUAACUAAAUGUUUGUCAGCUCCUAAGAGGUAAGGACGAAGGAAACCGGCCGUGAAGUACACUAAAUCUGAUUUUGCUGAUACAUGCACUUUUCCUUCGGAUAAUACUAAAAUUUAUUCAUACAGGCUUUAGUGGGAUUCAAACCCACGAUCUUUGUUUAGUUACUGGUUUGAAUUUGCUUGAUAUUUAAUCAACUUCUCCCCACUACCUCUGUAGGAAAUGAAUAGGGAAAGCAAAUGAGAAUUCAAAUUUUGAUCUUAUGGUUUAAAGGGUUAAUUGAGCCAUUUCACUAAUAGUACCUCACUUUUUUUUUCAAUUUCAGAUCUCAGACCAGCUCUACAGGCAGACCUGCAAACUAACCCAUCAAACUAGUCCAUCAAAUCUGACCCCAGAUCACACCACCACAUCUGAAUAUCACAACAGACCAUCGUCAGACCCACCAAAUCAGACCAUCAGAACAGACCACCACUGUCAAACCAGACAACCAGAUCAGAUCAGAUCACCCCACCAGACCACAGACCACAAUCCUUGACUCUUCAGCUUCCAAGCAGCACAGCAUAACCAACAUUCUGAAAUGGUACAGGUCAGGUGCAUUCAUUAUGGGUUGGGUCAAGGGGGGUAUAUAGAGCUCUGGAUGAACCUUGCAAAGCAUACUUUCCACACACGUUGGGCCUCAAGUUUCCGGAAUUUUUUUCGGCUUAACUUAGCUGUAGUUAGAUUAGCCAGCGGGUUCCCUGGGCUGGUAAGGGCCUCCCCUUCCCUUUUUCAUAAGCUGGGUUCCUUUGCAGGUGUUUGGUCAGCAGUAAGUUCGGCUUUUAGGAAUAGGUUAGGUUUUUCGGAUUCGGCUUCGAUUCAAGGAAACGGUUCGGCUGCAUCUUCUUGCACAUUUUCCAGAUGGACUUCGCCACCUCCGCCUUUGUCGUCGUCGUCGUCUUCACUACGGUCUCCCGCUUAGUUGCGCAAAAUUUGACUGACCUAUCACACUUCACUUGACAGUCUAUGCGCUGGGCAAGUGAAGCUUUAAUCCGCAAGGUUCAACCAGACAGUGAUUAUAAUAAGACAUAACUUAGUAAACUAGAGACCUCAGGUCAUUCAGCUACAGUGAGAGGACCUCAUUUGGUCACUGCUUACAAGCUUAGUGGUCUCUCUGGUUACAGGUAGAUAGUUAGAAUAGCCUCGCAAAUUCGGGUCUGCUCCUACAAAUCUGGUUUUUGUUGUUUAAACAGUACGUGUGUGAAGUGAAAUUUUUCAUUGAUGCGCAUUUGCAGACUUGGAACUUGUGAUGGUAGAUCAGUUAACAGGUUUAGUCGCACAACAAAGGUUAUCUGCGACCAGGCGUUUCUUCCCGCCAAGACUGGGUCAACACCUUGUUGCAGGUUGCCAGGGCAUUAUGGGACAGUCCACACACCACAGGCUAGAUCGUUUACAAAUCGUAAGCGUAGGAAGUCUUCGAGACCAAUCUACGACGCAGUUUCAUCGUUGGAGGAACACUAACAAGCCAAUAAGCUAUUUUAAAAAGCCUGCGAAGUAAUCACGAGAAUGCUAUAGUGCCGAAUAUUUCGGGGACACACAUGUGGAGGCCCACCAUACCUUGAUAUGCGUGUCCCUGAAUUGCAUUCAGGUGAAAACCUCGCUGGUUAUAGAUAGUCCUUCAGUAAUUAAGUAGCAGGGGAGGAUACUCUAGUUAUGGCAUCGUUGACACUAAGACGAUCUGAUUUGUCUUCCUGUUAAUUUUGCCUGGCUGGAGGGUUUUCUUCUUAGGAAGUCCUGCAUUGCACUAUGCAGGCACAGAUCGUCUACAAAUGGUAGGCGUACGUAGUCUUCACGUCGACCGUUCGUGGUUAUUGGUUUCUUCGUACUCCAGAGGUCUUCAACAUUUUUCUACCUCCAAAAUCUCUUGAAGUACGUCAUGACUGGAACCAAAUCCUAUGCAGCACAUUGUUUCUUCAACGUUUUUCUGAAUCUUGUAACAAAAUAUUUGAAAUGUGAAUAAAAUCUAUUUCAUUAUAUUGUUUGAUAUUGUGUUGUGCGUCCGGCGCUAAAUCAAGGGAAGAGACCGGCCGAAGAAAGAAGAACAAAGAACUUUGAGAGCCAUAGAAAGAUAGUCCACUAGCCCAGUUAAUUAAGUAGGUCAGAUACCUUCCUUUGCAGCCAUGAACGGAGAACAAGAAUCACGUCCGAUCAAACCGGACAAUUAUGAUGAUGAUGAUGAUGGUGAUGAUGAUGAUCGUUUAUACUACGACGUGAUUCUGUUUCUAUGGAAAUAGAAGCCGAUGACAUCGUAGUGUAAACGACUUCAUCAUUAGGAAGGCAAGGUUUAGCCAGAGGAGAAGGCAUAGAGUGAUAACUUUUAAGUGCUGUCUUGACUAACGUUGAAUUUCCAUAACUAAGACCCUACAUUUCCCCUCUCCUUCCCUGUGGGAACGAAUUUGAAAAAUUUGAAACGAAUCAAACAAGCGUUUCUUGAAAUUAGGAAAUGGGAAAGGCAAUUUCAAAAACUGCUUCGCACAGAAGUGAAAUUUCAUCGUAUCUCGGUUCCAAUGUUCCGCAAUGGUUGGUCUUGUCGCAUAGUACAAUGUUAGUUGAGACAGCAAAUAUAUUUUAUUAAUAAUGUUAAUUUUAAUUGGCUGGCCGGACUUCAUCUUUGGAGCAACUCUAAUUCAUCUACAACAACAACAACAACUUCAUGAAUUAUACCUAUCAACGCCUUGGUCUAUUGGAUUGUUGGUCCCAGUAUCCUUGGUCCUUUGUUGGAGGAACAUGACGACAGAGUACAGCAGCCCAUAUAAGGUAGGGCUGAUUGAUGUUGGUACAAAGUUUGCACAAAGCAAACUCGCCUGGUCUGGAAUAGUGUACGGCAAAUUGAAUUUCAGCGGCACCGUUGCUCUUGUAGAGAGGUCCGUAGGUCGUUGCUAAUGCAAACAUUGCACCACACCAAUCAGCCCAAGUAAUAAUUCAGUGUGGCACAAGGUACGUGGAAUUUGGUUCUUUGUUAGACGAUUAGAUUUUCGGCUCGGUCCAUUCGGCUUUUUCGGUUUUCGAUUCGACUUUCGAUCUGAUUCCGGAUUCGGCGUAAAAAAAUGUGAAGGCUUGGUAUCGACAAUGUUUCGAUAGCAAGCCGCCAAAUAUCCCUGCGUACCGUCCGGGGGACCCUGGUGUGUUUCAUUCGAGGUGUCAGUUUUUUAGGACACAUGUCACACUCCUCGGUCUAGCGAUCCCGGACGCGAAAUUCUUUUAGGAGCGCAUCCCAUCUAUAUAUCACUUGAUUUCUGUAAACGGCUAACUCAAUUCAAUAAAAACACUUAACCUAAAGCGUUGUCUGUGUGAUUUUUUUCUUUAAUUAAGGUUUAGUUUAUAGAGUAAUAACUUAUAAGUACUAAUGACGAUUUGAUUUGCAGGUAUCUCAAAAAAUGCUUGUUGUAAUGGCCUUAAUAAAAAUAAAACAAACAAACAAAACGCUGAGUUGUUAGUGUGAUGUCUUUAAACACCACCACGCGCAUUGACAUUAAGUGUCAUAUCAAUGUGUUCUACUGUAAACACACAAAUAACCAGUUUUUCAUUUUAGGUACUAGUACGUCAAAAAAUCAUAUAUUUUUCCGUUUUUUGACUCUACCUCUACUUUUUUCUUGACGGUUAAUGGAUCCGUUUUUGGGGCGCGCCCUCGCAAGAUUGGACAUGACUUUUUUUCGUACCUUUGUACUACUUUCUGGAUGCGUUCUUGAAGAAACGCAUGGCACCUUUGCACUACUUUCUGGAUGCGUUCUUGAAGAAACGCAUGACACUUACAACUUGGCAGUCGGAAGUGAAGCCGUGUUGAAUGCAGAGCAUAAACUGUUAUAUUAGGGUUACUGUAAUUGAAAGCUGAUGAAAAAUAAAGUGUAACAAACAAAAGAAAAACUCAUCAGCUUGUUUUUAUUCUUUACACCAGCACUAUUUAAUCUAAUAAAUAAGUUUUAUUGUGUCGUAACUAGGAGUUUCAUUCCGCAUAAUAAACAAUAAAGGUUGAUUAAGACAAAACCUCUUCAACAGUGUAUUUUUUCCUUAAAGCUAUAAUAAUUUAAGUAAAUUGACAAGUUUUAUUUCAGGAACAUCGACGCCAUCUUUUUUUCGCUCGAACGCAAGAUCACCGCCACGAAGACGUCUUUUUGGGCGCGCCCUCUCAAGACCGAGCACGUCAAACUGAUCGUUUGACGUAUGCUCUCCAGAAGCUCGUCUUUGGAAGUAUAGUACUUCUGGCUGCGUUCCUGAAGAAACGCAUGGCGACACAGUGGUUACGACUAAAACGACUCCAAGUUCUUAAGGUAAGACAGAAAUUUGUUUCUUCUUUUAGUUGCUUUAACGGUUAGAUGAUCUUUUUGUGUUUCAGAUCUAGUGCGUUACGUUAACUAAAUGUUUGUCAGCUCCUAAGAGGUAAGGACGAAGGAAACCGGCCGUGAAGUACACUAAAUCUGAUUUUGCUGAUACAUGCACUUUUCCUUCGGAUAAUACUAAAAUUUAUUCAUACAGGCUUUAGUGGGAUUCAAACCCACGAUCUUUGUUUAGUUACUGGUGGUCAUAAUCGACCAAAGAGAGCAGUUUUCAAGACGUUUGGUUUCAAAUGAUCCAAUGAAUCUGUUUUAUGACAGCUAACAGGUGGAAAUUGAUUGGGUGUUACCAGCAGACAAUUUCAAGGCUUUCUCAUGGAAAUACAGUUUGUAAUUGGUUACCAACCGCUCGACAAAGACAGUGUUUCGAUAUUACUUACUUUGAUUUUAAAGAAUUUUUUCAUUUAGGUCAGAGAAGUCCAACCGUGUUAUGGCAGUUCCGAACUCCCAUCAGCUGCAUGUAAACUGUAAGUACCACAGCAAAUGAAAGUCUUCGCCAGCAAGAGGAAAAAAUUCUCAACAAAGAAUGCGUGGUUUCGUUGAAGGAAAGAGUUUUAAAGUCAACUGUUCUACUUACUCGCCAAAAGUCGUACCUUUAUAGGUAAACUCACCUGGCAUCUGUUCCAGUGAGAUUCCAACCCGUGAAUAUUGCUUCAUUAGUAAGCAAAUCAAUAUGCAAUAUUACUGGUAUUCAAACACCAGGACUUCUCAGCCUCGUCCCUAGGGUGAGGGCGCCUGAGAAAAAACUGUAGUAUGAAACUGAUUUUCAACUGGCAUCGUGCAACUUUUGCUUUAAUAAUCUGUUUUAAGAAGCUCUUGAUUUAGGUCUGUGUCACUCCAGAGGCUGUCUCCAAUCCACAGUCACUAAAACCACCUAUUUACCAGCCCAAUGAAAUAGCAGAGCACGUGACCCUACAAGAUCUAAGGUAAGAACCAGAAAGGUCAAAAUGCUCACCAAAAAUAAGGUACAAAAAAGAAAUUAUACAAACGCGUUCAAAAAGUAUGACCAGGAAGAAAACUGAUAACAAGAACAGCUCAUGGCCUUUGCUCAAGUUUUGGAUCCCUCACUAAAAGAUGUACAGAAUGAGGCUCUUUCGGAAUUAGGACCUGUGACCUUCGUUUAGCGGUUCAUGAUAUAACGCAUAUUUCGUCAAACAACGAGAACUAAAUUGCGCAGGGACAUAUUCUAGCUUUCAGUGUCAUCCAAAUGCAUUUUCGUUAGUUAAAGGUCCUUUCCUUCGAUGGACUUCUAAUCCAUUUCCUACUAAGAAAUUGUCGAAAGCUAAAUUUCUUGUUGCUUAGAUGUAUUUUAUUUAGAUCAUAAAAGACUCCAGAUUUGGCACCCUGUCUUGAUGUGGUUUGCAUAAAUGAAUUCCUAGCCAGCACUGACUUGUUAGCGAUAUGAGGGAACCUGCUUAACUCGGCAAAGGUAAGUACAAGAAUAGAGAAAAAGCUAAUAGUCAUCUUUCAGCACGUAUUUUGUAAUAAAAUUAGCUGAAAAGAAAUUGGGCUGAGAUUGAAACUGUGCUUCGAAAAUUCUUAAAUUUUGUCUCGAAUUAACUGAACUAAGCAUUUAUGGACACUGAAAAAAUCUAGGAGCAGAAAGGGGGGUAGCCCCACCUUUAUUCUGUCAAAACUUUCAGUGAAUUUGCUUGUGGUCUUGUUACUUUUUUUUUCUAAAAACAUGUAGGUACCUAUCUGGUGAGACAACGUCAUGAGCAGAGGAGGACUGAGAGUGACUGACACCUAGCGCCUAUUACAUCAAUUAUGAUGAUUAAUUAUCUUAUUGAUGGGGAUGAUGACCUGAUGACCUGAUGUACCUGACCUUUUCAGGUGAAACGUGCAUUGGCACUUAACUAGAAAUGUGUGUAUCACAGACCUCAAGAGGCUUGGGGAAGGGUAGAGUGUAAUAUAAUUGUCCAGCUCAAAAUGACCUUAUAAUAGUAUAACCGCAGCAAAGGCAAUGGGUCUUGAGUUUUGCCGAUAGUUCGAAUGGUCUUGACGUUCUUGUCGGAGGAUUUUUAAAAGGUCAGUGGAGACAAAACUGAAAAUAAUGACAUGAUGGACUAAUCUGAAGCACACAAAAAAAAAAUGGCAAAAAAGGAAAUAUAUGAAGAAAAAUGGAACAAAAAUGAACUUAAAAUAAGAAAUAAAUAAAAAAGAAAAUAAAUUUUAAAAAUAGUACAAUAAUAAUACUCAAUAAGCCAUCGUUAAAAAUAAAUUAAAAAUAAAGUCAAAUAAAUAAUAAGAGAAUACGAAAAACAAUAGUAAUGAUUACGAUAAUGAUAGUAAAAGAGAAAAGGAAAACUGAAUUGCAACAAAAAAGACUUAAUUGAUUUUUUGAAAGCGAAACUGCAGGGACAUUAAGGCAGUCUCCUUUCAAAAAUCAGAUCAGAAGAAUUCUUUUAUUUUUAAGGUCUUUUUAGUUGCUACUUUUAAUGAUUUUCCUUUUCUAUUACUGUCAUUAUAAUCAUCAUUACUAUUAUUAUUAUUAUUAUUAUUAUUAUUAUUAUUGUCAUUUUAAGUUCCUUUUUUUUACAUUUUUCUGAUGUAUUACCUUUUUGUCUUUACUCUUUUGUCCAUACGUCAUUAUUUUUAAGUUUUAUCUCUAUAAUACUAAGUUUGAAACAUUUGUAUCAAAUUUUCAACCGAGUCGAUUUCCAAGUAAAUAAGGACGGCUUGACCAUCCGAAUUAUCUGAUAAAGCCAAGUCCUUUUUGUCUCUGUUUUUUUUUUUUUCUUAAUAAGUUAAGUACAUGCUUUGAUCCAAUGAAUGAUAAACAAAUGAAGGAAAACUCAUUUUUAAAAACUUUGAUAAUAAGUUCAGUUGAACGUGUGGUCUUGAUUUCUUGAGAGAUAUAGGAACAGUGAGCCUUGACAAGCUGGGCAACCUGAUGAGGUAUCGUGAGGUGAAGAGGCUAAACGUGGAUGACAGAAACCUGUUACAUGGAUGAUGAUGAUGAUGCCGACAAUGAUGUUGACGAUUGUGCUCGCGACGAUGACGACGAUGAUGUUGACAUUGAUGACAAUGCUGACGGCGAUGCUGACGAUGAUGAUGAUGAUGUUGAUGCUGACAAUGAUGAUGAUGAUGUUGAUAAGGAAUAUGACGUCGCUGAUGAUUAUGAUGAUGACCACGAUCAUUCUGACGAUGAUGACGAUAUAGACGACGAUGAUGAAUAUAACAACGAUGCGAAAAAUGAUGAUGAUGAUGACGUUUUUAAGAAAUGUUUUCUCUGAUGAAGAAACUCGGAAGCUCAGUAAUUGGCCAUGGCGACGUUGAAAUUGGUGAGUACAGAACAGUAAUCUUUCUUCUCUCACUCGAAUAUCAACGAGGGAGGCGCGUGGAAUAUUCCUUCCCGGCAUACCGUAAUAGUCUGUCUCCCGCUGCCGUUCCAUGACCGGCAGAGAUAAGAGAGUUGGCUGGGAACGAGCCAUCUUUGAUAGAGUAAACGCAAAGAGCUAAAAACUGCAACGGGAGGAGUGAGGGAAAUCUACAUGUAAGCUUUGAUAAUGUGUCCAGUUAAACUAGAGGUCUUUGCUCGUCAGAGUCAUCAGCUUUCCCUGUUGUAUUAAAACUGUGAAUUGCAAAAGAGGGACAAAAAACGUGGUCCUAGCUGGCCUAAGACACCUUGGAAUUCAAUUAAGGACUGUGAAAAAGAGAUUAGAAUUGGAAGUGGGCAUUGAUUGCACUUACCUCUAUGAUAAAAUUAAGGCUAUAAGCUGUAAAAUACACGACGAAAAUAUUCUGCUGCAUAGCAAAAUAAAGCGGGGAGAUCCUUAAUUAAAAACAAAACAAUAAAUUGUGUCUUCUUUUUUCGACCCAACAGCUUCACGGAAGAGAUUGCUAGUGGAGUGUCCAGUGUUGGAGGAUGA